UUUUGCGCAGGGAUUUCAAACAAGAGGCAGCAACUGGCGGAUUUUCACUUGAGGAGGAUUUAAUUUUGGGUCAGCCGGAAAGUAGCUUCGCGGCUGAAAGGAGGGAAUUUUUUUUUAAAACAAUAUUUUCCUAGACCUACGAUUUCAGGAAUAUAAGAUAUCUGCACUGCAAAGUGUAUAUGUUUUACUGUAAAAUAUUUAGCAUGAAAUGCCCUCAAUACGAAGCAACAAGGGAUAACACGAUGGAAAGAAGCUCCUCUGCAGCAGAGUCCAAAAUACUUCGACUAAAAACUUCCCCAGCGAAGGAGCCCACCCCCAUCAAACCUGAGUGUCCCUCUGCAGGAUCGACCAGACUCUUAUUCCCUGCCAAGAACAGCACCAGUGCAGUUCACAACAAGGAAAACAGUGCAAGCAGGGACCAAGAAGGGACCCUGGAUGAAUUCCUUGAGGACAGUGGCUAUUUAUCUUUGCACAAUAGUCAGAUUGAUUAUCACCACGGGGAUGAAGCAGAUGAACAUCUUUUGGGAAAAGCGGUGCCCUCUUCUGCUGCCACGCAUCUAAAUCCAGAUUCAUCUCCCUCAAAAUGUCAAGGAACAAUUACACGCAGUCAGCCAGUGUCUCUGGCCAUCUCUACUCCCGUGAGUCGUCCUAAGACGAGGACGGCUCUAUCAUCCACCCCCUCCAACCAGCACAGUGACCCCAACCUUCCUAUUUUGAAGUUCCAGCAGGCUGUGUGUGAGGAGCUAGCGAAGGACUACAAGAAGAAUAAAAGGUAUGACUGGAGCAUCGUCUCAAAGGUAGCAGAGGAUCAUCUUUUGGAUCGUGUAAUUGGCGGACAGAUGGGCCUGGAGUACCUUGAUAUGUUUACAUCUCUGCUGUCCAGGAAUAUGAGAAGCAUCCUAACAAAUAUCCUGCUGCUGCUGGGGGACAUGGACCUCAUUAGUUGUAAGAAAGUGAGCAGGACGUGGAAGAAGAUCAUCUGUGAGGAUACCAGAGCUCAGAGAAGGUGUCAACAAGCUGAGCAGGCACUCAGGGAGUCGAGGAACUCUCUGAGGCAGAGGGCGAGCGGUCUGACCAGAGAUGUGGCCGUUUCCAGGGUGGUGUUGUCCUGCAUGCAGACUCUGGCCUCUUCCAGCACUUUGUCCUCCUCGUCUGCACAAAGCAGAGGGCUCAGCAAACGUCCCGCUGCCGUUCACAAAGGCAGCACGCCGAACUCUCAGUGUACACGCUUCAGUGAAUACAUACAGGCCGCCAGCAGUCUGAAGCAGCAUGAGUCUCUGCGCCCCUGCAAGCGCUGCGGCUCCCCGGCCACUCAUUUAGCCGAGCUCCAGAGGGCCAGAUGCACCCGCUCCAGCUGCCUGUUCGACUUCUGCACCCGCUGUCAAGAGCCUUUCCACUCCUCAACCCCCUGUAGAACAGUUCAGCCCAGGAACCAGUUCUCCGCCUCAAAGACCACCCCCAUCAUCCCGGGGAGCGCCCGCAGCAAAAGGAGCAUCAGGCGCUUGUGACGGCGGCUCACCCGGACCCUUUUCACAGACUAACAGGGUGGGAGCUCAGCCUGAAACCUUUUAGAGGUGCAAUAUUAUCUGAUGUUUAGUGAAAAAGAGGAAAAAGAACUUUGCGACAAACAAAACUCUGACUCAAACGAGAGAAGCACUUCAGGCGCUGCUGGGACGACCAACCAGAAAGCGUCUUCCAACCAAAUAUUCCUUAUUCCAAAAAAGAUAAAAGAAAUGGAGACUGAUCCACUUUAAACUGUACAGUUUUAUCAUGUUUUUAAAAUGAAAUUGAUUUGUAUAGAAAGCUUUUUUAAGUCGUUUAUUCGGGGUUAGUUUGUUUUUUUUAAAUAAAUGUUGUUCUCAGGUCUGAUUCAGAUUUACUUCAUUUAUACAUGUUUCU